UCACCAUUUCCUACCAAAUUAAAACCCAAUUCUCCACUGUUAGCUCGUUCGUGGAAAUUGAUUACAGCAUCCGAUCAAGCAUGGACACGAACACAGACCACCUUCUUGAACUCGAAGGUGAUGUUCUCUACGCUGACAUUAGGAGGCAGAUUUUGCUUUUGACAGCGGACGAGGAUGAUCAUGAAGAUGUCCACGAAACCAAACAGCGAAACUCCUUUAGUCCUGUCAGAAGAAGCUCAAACAGCUUGACUGCUAUAUUGCAACCUGGAAGCUAUUUCAGCUGGUGGGAAAAUGAGAAUAGCAAUGCAGUACCGGCAUGGCUUGUGAGCUUGUGGAGCAAUGGCAAUGGAACCGGGGUGUUUAUCCCUCAGAUAGUCCGAUCCAGAAGAUAUUACAAGCCAGCUGGGAGGAUGAAUAGUCGGAGAAGAAUAUACAAGCGAGUGGAGAACAACUACUCAUGAACAUGAAGUACUUCUUCAGGAGACAAAGAACCCAGAAAAAUUUGUAAUAGGAUGAAAUUAGUUAUCAUAACUAGCUUGUACGUAUAGCUAGAAUACCGACAUGGAAAAUAUCAGCUGCUGUAAUAGUCGAUGAACGAAAAGCAUGUCCUCUGAUACCAUAUCAUAUGGAAAUUGAAAUAAAUGUUCUUCAGUGAUGCCAUUAGAAGUUACAA